AUGAAUGUGGGAGCUUACGUGACAUGUGGCAUCAUAUCGUCGCUGUCUCUUGUCGUCAACUGCUUUUUGCUUCGCGUCUAUUUUCACUGCCCUCUGCAAAUGAUCAGUACUUAUAAGUACUUCUUUCUGCUAACUGCGAUUUAUGAUAUCAUUUUCUCCGGCUGUCUGAUACUUCUGUUUCCGACAAACUUCACUCAAGAUUACUCCAUGGUUUAUCUUGCCACUGGGCCACUCAACAAACCUCUUAUCGGCCAACCACUGAUGCUACUAUUCUGCUCGGCUUACAUCACAUCUCUUCUGAUUGUUACCAACAGCUUUGUUUAUCGAUAUUUGCAGCUAUGCAAGAGUACAACCUUCCAGAACUACUUGACGCCGAGAGGUUUUUCUAUAGCUAUUUUGGCCAAUACUUUGGUAUUCAUGAAUUGGGGCGUGAUCUCCCGAGUUGCACUCUGGCCAAGCACACUGGCUUUCGAUGGCCGCAUGUCCAAUCGUGUUCCUCCAUGGACCAUGCAGCGUAACGCUCAUGUUCCUGUUUCUAGGUUUCACAUCCACCACAUUCUUACCAUGGAUGACUACUAUUCUACUCCCGAUGUUUCCGUUAUUUAG